AUGGAGAUGAAGGCAGAUGACGACAUUGACUACCAGAAAGGAUAUGUCAUCAAGGCACACUGGAAAUGCCACGACAUGGAGUCAGAUAUUCAGAGAUGUUAUUAUGGCUUAGGAUCCCAGCCAGGUGCUUCAAACAUCAAGAGUCUUACAGACGCCGGGCCAGGAAUGGAAAGUUUAUCAGUCACACUGAAGCCACCCCUCGCUGCUUCGACCAUCUACGUGACCGUUCGAUGCUGGAACUAUGCCGGGGAGUCCAGUGCCCAAUCCUCUGAUGGUGUCACCAUUGUAUCAGCUCCCCCGAAAGCAGAUGGGACUGUAUCGAUUAUCACAUCUUCAAUUAGCGAGUACCCUCUACGAGGCUACCAGAGUCAGCGCGACCAAUUGGAGCUAAAAAUAAGUGGAUUUUCUGAUCCAUAUGGUGUAACCGUGUACAAGGUUCAAAUAACGGGUUCAAAUAUCUGGUACAGUGAAUACCAAGAAAUGCAAUCAUUUGGCCGGAAUGAAAUCUACGUUUCUGCUACGGGUCUGGAGAUGAAGCCGGGGCAGUACUCAGUUAAGACCAAAGCUGAGAAUGUGGUGGGUUAUGUCAGCGACUUUGUAGAGACCAAUUUCAGAAUUGAUGACUGGCACCAAAGGUCCAGUAUAGUAAGUGGAGGUCUCAACAAAACUCGGCAGUAUGGUUCAGAUAAUAGCUCUAAGGUGGUUCUCAAUUGGGCAGAGGCGUUCACCAACAAGGACUACGCCAAUGCAAACGCAGUUAACCCCCUUCAACUUGUGUACGAGAUCUCCAUUGGCACCACGCGAGGUGGUGCUGACAUCAUUCAAUGGCAGGAGACAAACCGCGAAGAUUUGAUUGUUAAGAUCCCAGAUAGUGCAGUAAAGGAUAUGUUCAUAACCAUAACGGCCAUUUCUCCCGAUGCUUCGGUUGCAAACAUCGGUCCUAUGGAAUAG